AAUCCCUGGCCACAACUAUCUACUUAUCUACUUGGAUCCGGAUGCAGAACAUCUGGACAACACAUUCCGGAGAGCCUUUAAGACGGAGGAAACAUUGGGAAGUUCCACAGAGUUUGACUUCAGGAUGAGCUCAGCACAUGUUCUGCAGGCUCUGUGCCUGCUGAUGGUUUUCUCCACAGUCAGAGCUCAGCACGGCUACACGUAUGAAACCGGUGAGGAGUGGGUGAAUACCUGGCGCCAGGGCUUCAACUUCCAGUGUCCCCAUGGGGAAGUCUUAGUAGCAAUCAGGAGUUACUUCAGUGAGAAAGAGGGCUCGGACCGCCUGUGGAACUUUGAGUGCCAGAGGACUCCCUACGACUGGGGAGAGCCCAACGAAUGCUGGUGGGACGAUAUCAACAGAGCCGGGCUGGAAUGGUCCUCAGUUUGCACCAACAAUGGGCUGGUUGCUGGUGUGCAAAGUAAAUACUUUGAAGCGGUUUUGGAUCGAGAAUGGCAAUUCUACUGCUGUCGAUAUGCCCGCAGGUGCCCUUAUUCCUGCUGGAAGACGAGUGAUGUUCCAGAGUACUACAAAGAAGAGGGGGAGAUGGUAAUCCCCAGUUAUGGCUACUUCAUAAGGGGGGCUCAGACUACUUUCAGUGGUGUACUGAGGGAUCGGCAGUGGAAGUACAUCUUGUGCCGAAUGACAGACUUUGAUUGUCAGUUUGAAAACUUCUAGGACAUGCGUGCAUCACUUAAUGUAACCUAAAAGAGCACAUGUACGUCACCACAUAAGCACUUAGAAUAGCACUCACAGAAAAUAUAUGCCAUACUCCAUUUUUAAAUUAGCUUAACAACUUACAAAUGUUUGGUUUGCUCUGUAUAAACAUGCAUGGAUUGCCAUGUUCUCAUAUUUUGCAGUCAUUUAUGCCAUUUCCAUCUUUACAAAUAUUUUGUAAUCAUUUUUAAAAUGUAAAGGACAAAAAAGGGAUAAAAUAUUUUUAUAUUUUUGUGUAUUAUUAAUAAGCUGCACAUGCAUUUAUGUAAUAAACAAUGUAAUAAACAGCAUGAAGUUAACAAUAGUUUGAACACUUUGAGUAUCACUCAACACUUAAAGUAUAUAGCAGCAUUUUUACCAAUAUGAAUUUAACUAUGAUCUCCAAUGCCUUUUUGAAUGGUUUUUGAAAAAGUCUAAAAUCUUUAUUUUGGUGUAUUUCUUUUUUAUCUAAGUCUCAAAUACUCAGAAGGAGUAAAAAAAAAAAUGCAUUCUUUGGAAAAAUGGGUAGAACUAAUAAAGCAAAGAUUUCUCCCACA